AUCAUUUUCAGACAGUUCAGACAAAUCCAAAACAAGCAGAUCAAGGAGAAGCAAGCAGUUGCUACACUUGCUAAUAAUAACAGAAACGUGGUUGCGCUUGUUAACAGAAACACUCCUAAAGAUACAAUCGAUGAGGAUUACGAGACGGAUGAUGAGGAUUGGGAGAUGGAAGAUGACAAGGACUUCUUUGCAGAGUCGAUUGGUGGACCAAACUCUGCUGUGUUGGCCAACAACAAAGACCUGGUCGAGGUUGAAAUAACAGCAGAUAAAAAAACAGUUUCCGAUGAUCCAAUAUCGGCCAUGUUCGUGUGCCUGCCGCAAGAGGCUGCGGCUGCGGCAUAUGAUCAAACUGUGUUCGUUUACGUGAUGCACCUCAUGCGGCCAACCGCAACGAUCAGACGCUGCCUCUCGGCGUUACGUUUAAAAAAGCUGCGAUUAAACAUCUAUUGGAUGUGUCGAGAGAGAUUGCUCCACAAGGCUCAUAGAUAUACAAGAGUCAUGGCUAUCGAUAAUUGAACCGAUGAAGAAUGUCGGUACUUUUUUCAUCUCUAUUCGGGUGAGAAAAAGACAGGCAACAAAACAAAACUUGGGAUGAAUCAAACUGGCAAAGACUUUGUUUUGAAGAAGUUUGAAGAUUGAUUCGGGAGAGGACUAGUAUGGGAAAAAUUCAAGAAUAAGUAUGAUUUUGCAAAAAAGCAUUUGUCAAAUGCUAGAAGUUAACUCAUAAUAGAACUUGACUUGGAUAUGAUGCUUUGGGAAGAUUGGACAUGUCUGAUCAUUGGUGGGAAGAGCGCAUAAAGGUAUUAAAGUUUACUUUCAUCUCGUUUAGGGUUUGAGCUCUUUGAUGUGUUGCGGUUUAUAGGAUCUUAUUCUUUUCAAUCGUUUUGUUGGGUUUGAUGAGUUUUGUUGCUUUGAUAUGUUGCGGUUUAUAGGAUCUUAUUUUUUUCUUAGGUGUUAAUUGAGUUUUGUUGCUUUGAUGCUUGAGUUUUGUUGCCUUAGUGCUUGAGUUUUGUUGCUUUGUUGUGUUGCGGUUUAUAGGAUCUUAGGUGUUACUUGAGUUUUGUUGCUUUGAUGCUUGAGUUUUGUUGCUUUGACUUGUUGCGGUUUAUAGGAUCUUAGGUGUUACUUGAGUUUUGUUGCUUUGAUGCUUAAAAACUAAUCUCUCCUUUUCUUUACUCCGUAGCUGAAGCCUUGUUCGCUUCUUUUUAAUAUUAGGAUCAUAUUGUUGAAUGUGAUUUGAGUUUUAUUACUUUAAUGCUUGUGGUUAUUGCAAUUGCUUAAUGUUGAUAUGUAUAGACUUCUUUAAAUGUGAUUUAAGUUUUGUUGCUUGUGGUUCUUGCAAUCGCUUAAUGUUGAAUGUGAUUUGAGUUGAGUUGAGGAAUUCAGCUUUAGUUUUUCUUAAUGUUGAUAUGAUUUCUUACGGUCAACCAUUGAUAUGUAUAGAAACAAGUUGAUUUCUAAUAUGGAUGUGUAUAAAGAGGAAUCUGGUGCUAUUACUGUGACUGGAGCAGAAGGAUGGAGCGCCCAGCAAGGAGAAGGUAGUUUAGAUUCUCGAGUAGAUGGAUGAGAUGAGGAUGAAUUUGAUUAUGUGGAUACAGAAGGGCCAGAGACGCAAACCCAAGAUGUUGAGACACAAACCCAAUCUGGAAAUGCAAGAGCAAAGAGAAGGCGUAGAGAGAAAGAUGUAGUUAUCGAGACAGCUGUUACACGCAAUACAAUUCUGGCGCAGAAGAAUAAUAUAUCAGAAAAGAUGUUAGAGAGUUGUGAACGAUAGUAUGCUUGUAGUGU